AUGGGAAUCUCCCGUGACUCGCGGCACAAGCAUUACAAGACCGGCGGCCGUAGCAAUGUCUCCAUCAAGAAGCGCAAGUAUGAGAUGGGCCGCCCGGCCACGCCUUGCAAGCUGGGCCCGAAGCGCGUGCGAGUCGUCCGCUGCCGCGGCGGCAACAAGAAGUACCGCGCUCUGCGCCUGGACGCCGGCAACUACGCCUGGGGCUCCGAGAACAUCGCCAAGAAGGUGAGGAUUUUGGACGUGGUCUACAACGCCACGAGCAACGAGUUGGUGCGUACGAAGACCCUGCUCAAGAACACCGUCGUCCAGAUCGAUGCCCACCCCUUCAUGCAGUACUACCAGAAGAAGUAUGGAGUCGACCUUGGCAGGAAGAAGAAGGGAG